AAGGAUACUGUAGGUUUUAGGGACCGCUAUCCCGCUUUAUAUGAGCCGGUGUGAUCCGGGGUGUUGGUGUAAAUCAGCCGGUGAUGAAAGUAGUUUCACAUUGUGAUGAUUAAAUAUUUUGAUUUCUGCUGAUUCAAGCCCCCCUUUGGCCGAGUGUUGAUCGGCUUGCCCGCCCCGCUGCCAUGUUGGAUUGAGGGAUCGUGUUUGCUGUGGGAGUUGGAGAUGAAAGUUUAUAUUGUGCAGUUUGGCGAUUAUUGACGCCUGCAAAGUGCGGUCCUUUCGUGGAAGUAGAGGAUUGGUUUCUGGGGGGCCUGCGCAGGGAGAAAACACGCCGGUGGUCUCUCCGUGUGUGUGUGUGAGAGUGUGUGUGUUAGGAAUGCGGGUUCCAGGAUGAGCCGAGUGCAGGCCAUGGUGACCAGAGAUUGCACGUAUUUUACAUAAAACACUCUUCUAGCGGACAGACGUCUCUACUAACUAGUUGGUCUCGACUCUCGGCAAUAUGAGUGGACAUCCGCCUCAGAGGAGGGUGGCGAAUGUCGGAUCUAUGCUUCUCACCCCUCAGGAGAACGAGUGUCUCUUCAGCUACCUUGGCAGAAAAUGCAUCACACUUUGUUCGGCAGUGGUCCAAGUGUAUGUAGCAGACAGGGGCCCAUCCUGGACCAAAAGAUGCUGUGGUGUAGCUUGCUUGGUGAAAGAUAACCCUCAGAGGUCUUAUUUCAUCCGUGUGUUUGAUAUCAAGGAUGGAAAACCUAAAUUUGAGCAGGAACUCUACAAUAAUUUUUCAAGCAGUAGUUCAAGACCAUACUUUAUUGCAUUUGCAGGAGAUACUUGUCAGGUCGGCCUGAAUUUUGCCAGUGAAGAGGAAGCAAAGCGUUUUCGUGCUACACUAAAUGAACUGCUCAGCAGACGACAGAAGAAAACUGAGAAAAGGCGUGAUCCUCCAAAUGGACCCACGUUGCCAAUGGCGACGGUGGACAUCAAGAACCCGGAGAUAAACAAUGUGCGCUUCCACAACAAUUCCCACAUGAACAACAUGGUGCACAGUAGCUUUAACAAGAAGGAGAAGAAGGUGAAGGGCAAGAGGAAGAAACUGACGAAGGCUGAUAUUGGGACCCCAAGCAACUUCCAGCACAUUGGCCAUGUGGGCUGGGAUCCGAACACAGGCUUCGAUCUGAAUAAUCUGGACCCAGAGCUGAAAAUUCUGUUUGACAUGUGCGGCAUCUCUGAAGCUCAGCUGAAAGACAAAGAGACAUCUAAAGUGAUUUAUGACUUCAUUGAGAAGAAGGGAGGUGUGGAGGCUGUUAAAAACGAACUGAGGAGGCAAGCACCUCCGCCUCCUCCAUCACGUGGUGGUCCUCCUCCCCCGCCCCCUCCACACUCCUCUGGACCUCCUCCUCCUCCUCCCCCUGCCCGAGGACGAGGGGCCCCACCACCCCCUCCGCCGUCUAGGGCCCCAACAUCUGCACCUCCACCCCCUCCUCCGUCCCGACAAGGCAUGGGAGCCCCUCCUCCUCCGCCUCCGAGCAGGGGGCACCCCCCUCCCCCUCCUCCUGCUCAUGCCAGCAUGCCACCCCAAGCACCCCAGUCUCAUCCUCCACCCCCGCCCCCUCCGCCAUCUGGAGGAAGCGCUCCGCCCCCUCCUCCUCCGCCCCCUCCUCCACCUGGACCUCCACCUCCGCCCGAAAUGGAAGGGAGCGUAGAUUCAGUGCCCUCUCCUGUGGGGGGUAAGUCAGCCCUGCUGGAGCAGAUCAGAGAGGGCACCCAGCUGAAGAAGGUGGAGCAGAACAACAGGCCAGUGUCUUCUACGGGGCGCGAUGCCCUCCUCGACCAGAUCCGACAGGGCAUUCAGCUCAAAACGGUAUCAGAUAGUUCUGACUCAGGCCCACCAACUCCUGCUCUCUCAUCAGGCAUCGUUGGAGCACUUAUGGAGGUCAUGCAGAAGAGGAGCAAAGCCAUCCAUUCCUCAGAUGAAGAUGAGGAUGAUGACGAAGAUGAAGACUUUGAGGACGACGAUGAAUGGGAUGAUUAGUCCUGGUCUCCUUAUGCUAACCCCACCCAGUAGAAUAACUGACACUAAAUUCUCACCUUUCCAAAUUGUACUCAAAUUCUGUACAUGUUCUUUCAAAUCGCUGUAUAUUUUUGUUGCCUUUUUUUUUAAAUAAUUUGUGCAAUACCUCAUAUAAUCUGUAAAGUAUUGUCAUGUAUCCUCUGUAAAGUAAUCUCCUGGGAUAACCACGUGAAGUUUAAUGCCAGGCUGGGUUUUCUUGACUAGUUGAUUUGAAUGUUUUUGUUCCCUCGUUAAUGAGGAAAGGGAGAUGGACAGGAUCCUCUAAGUUCUUGUUAAUUGUUGAUUAAUGAUUGAAAACGCUAUUUUCAUACCCUACUUUUCUGUACCUUCGAUUUUCUUAUUCAAAUCCUAGUUUAGCACUCUACGUUUUGGUAAGAGGUUCUUCUAUCAGAAUAUUUAAUCCCUCCACCCUCCCACCCACUUCUGUAUAGUUACUAUGUAAAUGUACACUAGGCAGAUAUACUGCGGUUGUUAUGUUUUGCACGGAUGUCAAAACAAAAGUCACUACAAGACAAAAGUCACAACAAGACUACAAAACACUACAUUUGCUGCAUUCUCACCAAUUAUACCCUGUGACUCUUCCUUACAGAGAGAAAGAAAAAGAAAAUCACUCGACACUGCAUGUCAAUAGACAGUCUUUUUUUUUUUUUUUUUUUUGCUUUUUGGUGUUAUUGAAAAAGAUAACGCUGUAGUUUCAAACCGGUUAAAGUUAUGAAUGCCGCUUGCUUCUGGAUAUGGUGAUCACGCCCUCUCAGUAACAGGUUUUUAUUCAAGUCAUAUCAUAAGAAAAAGCACUACACGAAGCAUUCAGUGAACCUAAACCAUUUACUAGAAGCUGUUAAAAAGCCAAUGCUUGACUGACACCUACAUGUAAGGUAAAAUACAAGGUAAAACACCUUUGUGUAGCAAUUAAUGCUGUUUUAACAGUGUUUGUUUCAAUUUCGCUGUCCUUCAAGGAUUGUGCUGCAUUAAAACUAUAGAACUGACUUCAAACCUUACAAAUGGGUUGGAAUGUGGAAUGAAAACACUAAAUUGUGUACUUAAAUAAAUGGUAAUAUUGGUUCAUUUUC